AUCAGGGCGAACGAAGGGGAAGGUUUAAGAAAUCCUGGUGAUGUCACUUUCAUUUGCAUUCUGGAGAUAAUAUAAGAGCUGGUUUAGCUCACUCCCCUCACAGUGAAGGCUGCAUCUGCGAGGAAUUCUUUUGCUUUUGUGCUUAGUUGCAGAAAAAAAAAACCAAAAUGUCUGACAAACCAGAUAUGGCUGAGAUUGAGAAAUUCGAUAAGGCAAAGCUGAAGAAGACAGAAACACAGGAAAAAAAUCCUCUUCCCUCAAAAGAAACAAUUGAGCAAGAAAAGCAAGCAAGUGAAUCAUAAUGAAGCCCCACCACCCAGAUACGCACUGUACAUUCCACAAGCAUUGCCUUCUUAUUUUACUUCUUUUAGCUGUUUAACUUUGUAAGAAAUAACUAAGAUACAAAGGUUGGAUAACGUUUACUGUGCUGCCCCGUUACAUGAACAGAAAGGAAUAAAGAACUACUGAACACAGAAGGUGCUGCCUUUCCAUCUGCCUGUCUGGCUGGCUUUGGUUCUGGUAGCAUGAAACAACUUGCAUGAUAAUGAAAGGAGAACCAGUGUGGAACUACAGAGAUUCAGUAACAUGCGGUGCUGAGUGAAAAGAAGGCUGCACCAAGGUCCAGCGAGCUGUAAAACAUGCGGUCAAAUCGAGUGCCAUUUUAUUUGUUCAAAAUUAUUUGAAUUAUUGGAAUGCACAAUUUUUUUUAAAUAUGCAAAUAAAAAGUAUAAAACA